GCCCUUAAUAAGAACGUUCUCUGAAGCGGAAGUACCGGAUCUUUUGUAUUGAGUCUGACAAAUCAAUUCAUCCUGCCAAACUGCUAGAUGUGCCCUCCAUCUACCCUCUAAAUAAUAAUUAGAAUUGUGCACACUUCGACCACUCUAUCUGUAUCCAGCAUGAUGGGGCAGAAAUCUCACGAUAUUGCCAGCCUGACUACAAAGGCUGUGGCAUCCAUUGAUACAUACCAAGCGACUCAGACUGAGCAGACCCGGCAAGAUGCGCUUGCAAGUGCUAUCAGCCUCGUAAGAGCUCUCGAAACCCCUGCGGAUGCAAUUUAUAAACUAUUUACUUCUCCCGCUAUUCUUAUGGCUGUGAAGACUGCCAGUGAUCUGAAUAUUUUCACUAUUUUAUCCGACAGGACGUCCCCAGCCUCUUGGAAAGAGCUGGCCGGACCGAAAAACGCAGAUAUUCAACUUGUUGAACGUAUUAUGCGUGUUCUUGUUUGCUAUGAUUUCGCUAGUGAACUGGGUCCUGGUCAAUAUAUGCCUACCGACCUGUCGAGGAAGAUGACGGAGAGGAAAGCGAUUGGAACCAUGGACUCACUUUUUAUCGACUUUUUACCCAUUAUUCAGAAAACACCAGAAUUCUUCCAAAAGUCUAACUACAAGAAUCCUGGGGAUCCCAAUGGAGGGCCACUUCAACAUGCCUAUAACACCACCGAUUCUUGCUGGGACUGGUUAGCCAAGAACGCGGAUGCUCUAAGCCGUUUUAAUACCUUUAUGGAAGGCGGCCGAGAUGACACAUCUCACUGGGCAGAUUGGUUUCCCGUCCAAGAGCGGUUACUGGACAGGUUAUCGCCCGAUCGUCCGUUGCUCGUUGACGUUGGCGGAGGCCGUGGUCAUGACCUCGAGGGGUUCAAGCAACGAUUCCCUGUUGAAGCUGGGAAGCUCGUACUUGAAGAUUUGCCUUCGGUAAUUGAUGACAUCCAACAUCUCGACGGUGGCAUUCAGAGGAUUAAGCAUAGCUUUUUCGAGCCUCAGCCAGUUCAAGGUGCUCGCGCUUACUACUUUAAGCACAUUAUGCAUGAUUGGUCUGAUUACAAUUGUCAGGUUAUACUAAGGCACAUUACAACUGCCAUGGAGAGAGGGUUUUCAAAGAUCUUGAUUGAGGAUUAUAUUAUCCCUGACCAAAAUGCCAGGCCAAAGGAGACAUUGACUGAUAUGAUUGUCAUGGUAUGGUGCCCAGGAAUAGAGCGGACUCGUCAGAGAUGGACGGAGCUUUUGGAGUCAGUGGGACUAAGAGUCAUAAAGUUCUGGCUGCCUCAUGGGUACCAUAAAGGCAUCAUUGAAGCCGAACUGCAGUAGUUAGCUUCUGAUAUUGUAGAUCCCUAAGGCCUCCUGUGCCUGAUGACCUGUGGGUACACUCCCGCUUCGCUUCGUGUAUAUGGUUCAGCAGAUAGCCUUCCCAGAACACAUUUAGUCUGACCUGCAACUUCUCUUUGCACGCAAGAUUGGCUCCAGGCCUGCGGCGUGCGUCCAACAAAAGUCAUUCAACCAACCAUCCGCAGCUAUUUGAUGAAGAUGGGAUCAAAUAGUCAACCGACCUUGUGUUUUGGCGCUCUCAAGGUUGUCAUUUCGACCCAGCUGCAUUUGAGUCAUACCCUACCGCUAUCAAUUACUACAGGAUGUGGUCUUAUGUGCUUACAAAACAAAUCAAAGUGAUAAUACUAGG